UGUUACUGUAGUAUCAUAUGACCUCAUUUGGUAAAAAUGAAAGCUGGGAACGGCCAGCUCAAACCUACACUGAUUGUUUUUAUCAUUUAUUUGUGUUUUUGCACUACUCAGAACCUUAAAGAGCUACAGGUAUGUAGUCGAUGUAGCGGGACAGUCCUGGAUGGCUCUGCAGUGGGUCUGUUUUGCUCCUCGUCCGCUGGUCGGAUAGCCGGACGCUGCUGCAUGGGGAAUAAAACGAGCGACCAUGAACGCAUCAUCGGGUUGGAUCUGUCCAAUUGCUCCCUAAAUCAUGUGGAGUAUCUCCAGGAAGCAUCCACAGCUUUAUUGAUAGACCUCUCACGAAACACUCUUGUCAACAUCAGCGACUUGGCAUUUCAAGGAUUUACUGAGUUAAACUACUUGAUUUUACCUGCAGACAUCGCAUGUCCUGGUGGGAAUUCCUCCUGGGAAAAAGUGGAGCUGAAAGAGGGAAACUGGUUGUGUGAAGGCCAGAAGAAUAUGUGCAACCAAACCGGGCAGAUGUCCGUCCAUUGUCCGGAGUUCUCCCAGUGUGGCCCCUUCGGUCCUGGCUUCUUUGAGUGCAGCUGUGCAGACAACUACUACGGAUACAAGUGUCUCAGACAAGGGGAAUUCCCAGGCUUCCAGGUGUUUGGGGCUAUCGGUGCAUCCACGCUGGUGCUUUCCCUCCUGCUGUGGGUCACGCAGAGACGAAAGGCCAAGUCACUGUAGUCUUUUUUUUUUUUCCUGUCAGUCAGCUCAAAGGGAAUACUUUGCCCGUCACACCACUUCAGUAUAUGACGUCCUAUGUUAUGUAAAUGUUGGGGUUUUACAUAAACUGUUUUUAUUGUAAGCCGAUUCUUGAUGGGUCGUAACCACUAAUGCUGUUUUUAAGUUCUCCUUUUUUAUUUUUCUCACCACCUAACUAAGCUCUAUUUCAUUUUUAAGAAUAUUCAAUUAGUCUCUCAUUUUUUGUAGUUUUCUGUGUGAAAAAUAACUGCGUCUAUAAUACCAUGAUGAAAAACACACCGGAUGCCAUUCUUUUGUGUGUACAUAUAUAUUUAUUAUCGCAUGCCAAAAGCACGUGAACCUGGCGCGCGCAGUUUACUGGUCGACAUUUUUUACGCGUAGCACCACGGGAACCGACGUGCACGGGAUCAUGCCGAGCUCCGUGAUGACCACAUCCACGAAAUCUGGCGGCGUCACGUCGUAGACCAGGUUGAGCAGGCCGAGCGAAGGCACUUCCUGCCAGUGCUCCAGCUGGGUCUUCCCCUUUCGCGUCACAAUUAGGUCGUCAGGGUCGUCUGGGAAUCGUUAUGUUAAAUGUUAAUGUUUCAAACAAAUGCUACAUAAUUUUAGAUUAAGAUCAUUAUAGAUCCUUAAAGCAGGGGUGUCCAAAGUGUGGUCCGCGGCUGUAUUGGCCCAUGGCACAAUUUAAAAAUACAUUUAAACAAGAAAAUGGGGGGAAAUAAGCAGUAAUUUUACAAAAAUAACGUUGAAAUAUUAGGAGAAUAGAGUCAGAACAUUACAAGAAAAAAUGUGUUCAUUCUAUGAGAAUAAAGUCAGAACAUUAGCGCGGUUCUGUUCCUUACCGAGUUCAUUGGACACGAAGGAGUCCGUCUGCACCCUGUCACAGAACUUGUACGUCUCGCAGCACACCAGCACAGGCACGUUGAAGGCUUUGGCCACCAGAGCUAUUUGCGACGUCCCCACGCGGGACAUCAUGUAGCCGUUGGCGAGCAGCGCGUGAGCUCCGAGGAACACCUUUGACACCUAUCACACGCGACAACAACCUUGCCUGCACCAAAGUACCACGGACAACUGAUGUGCGAGUGUGUGGCGCUCACUUCGGGGAGGAUGUAGGAGACGACGGAGAUGAGGACGUAGGUGCAUCUGAUGCCCCUCUGGACCAGGCGCCUCAGGGCCUCCCUACCUUCCAGCCGAGGCCUGCUGUCCACCACUAUCACGCGGAACUUCCUGCCCAUGUCGAAGGCCUCGCACAGAAUGUGGUUAACCAGCGAUGAGCUGAGAAGGAUGCGAGCGUGGGUUCCAGAGUGGGACAUCUGUGAUCUGAAUGGACCACCUUACCAUCCGUAGACGAGGAUGACAUCGCCGUCGCUGAUCUUUUCUAUGGCGAUCUCUGCGAUGGCUUUGGCGGCAAGGACUAUCUUUUCAUUGAUGUAGCUGUCAAUGCAGCCGAGCAGUUUGCACUUUGCCUGCAGGGAGGUUGAGAAGGAGGUGAGGUUCUGUAAACACACUCCGUCUUAUAUAAAACAGCCGUUUUGGAUUAAUUAAACAUAAAAACAAA